ACUGUUUGCUCAACUUUGUAGGACAUCCUCAGCUGAGUCACAUAGAGCCAGUGGCUUCGCUAGAUUCAGAAGAGCACUUUGUGCUUUGAAAGACAUGGUCUGUAGCCCACAAAAGCUUCUGCCCUAAUAAACUUUUUUUUUUAGGUGUCGUAAGCCUCAUUUUUGUUAUAGGAGACCCCCGUGGCUACUCCUCUAGAAAUUGCUGGUCCCAGGCCAGGAGACCUCGAGAAUCAUGGAGACCCCACUGCCUAUCUUCCUCCUUUCAGUUUUCAUCACUACAGGGGCCUCUCUGGAGUGUGAGAUUUGUGAGGGCCUUGGGCACUCUUGCAGUGGGCCUACGAACAGAUGCCCCCCUGGUUUCGACAGAUGUGCUGUUAUGCUGUCAGAGACUACAGUGGGAACAAAGUUGAAGGCCAUUGUGAAGAGUUGUGUGCCAUCCAGUGCCUGCAAAAAUGGCGUCACCGUCAUCAAUAUGGGCCAGACAGGAAGAGUAGUGACCCAAGUUUUCUGCUGUGUGGGGGACGAGUGCAGGACGAUGACCCCCACCUUGACGCCCGCAAAGACAAAGCCAAAUGGCAAAGUUUGCCCAGCCUGCUAUGCUCUGCACAGUCUUGAGUGUGAGGAGGAGGAAGAGGUCAAAUGUUCUGGGGAUGAGAACUAUUGCCUUGACUUGUCUGGGACUACAACUGCAGGAGCCUUAGUUGUUACAACCAUCAUGAAGGGCUGUACGAACUCCGCAACCUGUCAGAAACUGAAUGAGCAUUCUGGCUCUUUCUCUGGGAUCAGUGUUGUCGCCUUAAGCAAUUGCAAGCCAGCUAACAGCUCUGGAGGCCACGGGAUCGUUCCAGGAUCAUUUAGACUAUUUUUUGCAACCCUUGCCGGGCUCUGGUCUGUGAUGCAGCUUCCAUGAUUUUGCCCCGUGGGACAGAGGCUGGGCUGUCGUGACACUCGCUUGGGGCUCUUGGAACCUAUUAAGAUUGUAGGCUUUUCAGAGAAGACAGAACCUUCAGCCUACACUAGGGUUGGGGAGCCACACUUGCGAGGACCAAAUGUCUCCUCUCUCUAUUUCAGCCUCUGGACUCCGCCCAGGUCACAUCCCUCACCAACUGUGCUUUGCAACCUUCUCUUCUCUUCUCUUCUCUUCUCUUCUCUUCUCUUCUCUUCUCUUCUCUUUUUAUUAAAGAUUUUCGUGGAUUACAGAA